AUGCCUUCCACAACCACCCACACAGACUUUGGCCCUCACACAACGGCCUUGACCGUUGCCGCAGCAUUCCCGUCAUCCAUCUCCGGGAAGGCCAUUCUCAUCACCGGCGUCAACCUCAAGGGCCUCGGCUACGCCACCGCCGAAGCAUUCGCCUCCCAAAACGCCGCCCUCAUUAUUAUCGCCGGCCGAACUCCCUCCAAGCUGCAGGAAUGCGCCGAUGCCCUAGCAAAGCAGUAUCCAAACACCAAGACUCGACUUCUCGAGUUGGACCUCGGCACCCAGAAGAGCGUUAGAGAGGCUGCUGCGAGAGUCAACUCCUGGGACGAUGUUCCAACCAUUGACAUUGUCGUGAACAAUGCGGGCAUCAUGAAUGUGCCUACGCGCCAGCUCAAUGAGGAUGGCAUCGAGCGCCACUUUGCCACAAACCACAUUGGUCACUUUCUCUUUACAAGCUUAAUCAUGUCUAAGAUCAUCGCUGCCGCUCAAAAGCCCGGUGCCGUAAAGGGUGCUACUCGAGUUGUCAACGUCUCCUCCACUGGUGCAAACUACAGCCCCAUCCGCUGGAGCGACAUCAACUGGGAGAAGCCCACCGGCACGUUGCCCUUAGAAGAGGCCGUGAAGGCUGAGAGCUACAUCCACCAGGGUGCCUAUGGACAGUCCAAGACAGCAAACUCCCUGUUUAGCCUCGGUCUCAACGAGCGCCUGUACGAAAAGUACGGAAUACUGAGCUUCGCUGUGCACCCUGGUGUCAUCAUCACCGAACUGAGUCGAGAGGUUCCCCACGAUCAGUUCCAAGCGGGGAUUGAAAUGCUCAAAAGCAGGGGUUUUGUUUUCAAGGAGCUGGGCGCUGGAGCUAGCACAUCUUUGGUAGCUGCUACGGGUCCGGAGGUGAAAGGCGAGGAUGGAGAGUGGGAUGGUAGGGGUGUGUUCUUGAGUGAUUGCCAGAUUCUUGAGAACACCAAGAUUUGGUACACCAGUUGGAGCCAAGCGGAAAAGCUCUGGGCAAAGAGUGAGGAGCUUGUAGGCGAGAAGUUCGUGUUUUGA